CAUUUAAUGUUACACGGCAUGUAAACAACAUGGAGGAAGAAGGAGCAGGAGGAGCUGAUAAUAUUGUCGCAGAUUUCAACACCUACGAGGAGUUUCUUGAUUUCCAGAUAAAACCAAUCGAUUUAUACUAUCUUGAGGAUGAAGAGUUGGCAAGACAGGUUGUUGAGCUUGGAUACAGAGGUAGUGGAGAAGUUUUGAAGAGAGAAGAAUUUGAGGCUCGUAAACAGGCCGCUGAAGCUAGUCGACUAUCUAAAAGGAGUCAACAGAAAACUUUAGCACAUUCAGGAAAAGAAAUAAAUGAUCCAUUUUUGAAAGCUCUGGCAAUGAGAGAGGAAGGAAACAGGAGCGGUAAAAUGACAAGUAUUAUAUUCAUCAGAGACAAGAAUGCACGGGAUCAGGAAAUUUCUGGUUAUAUAGACUAUGCUCACAGACUCAAGACAGAAGAUUUUGAACCCUAUUUCUCUGGAAAGAAGAAACUCUUACCAAGACCAUCUGAUCUAAGCUUUUAUAAUUGGGAAACACAGACAUCCACAUCAAACCCUACACCAAAUUAUCUAGUGAUGGCUGACAAUGCUAAGGGACUGAUAUUUAAAAAUAAGAGGGACAGAAAGAAAGUCGAUGUGGACCCUAAAGCUCCUUCUCCAGGUGAUAACACAGAGAGAACAAUUAUAGAAUCACCAAAAUACACACAGAUUGUCAUAUACGACCACAAAACACGUAGGAAAACAUAGAUAUCAAACUGAAACUGUGUUUCUUUACAACAGCUGUGAUAAUGAAAUAUGUAAAUGAAGACAUCAUUUUUCGUCAGUAUUGUGAGGUGUCAUUUUUUUCUUUCAAUUGCUAAUCAUUUAAUCUAAUGUUAGUAGAAAUUGUAAGAUGCUGAACAUGACUUAUUUUUAUGUGAUACUUUUAAAUAAAAAGUUGAAUCUUUGAAAGUAAAACUAUUUGAAGUCCCAACACAAAAAUGAACAUGUAUUUUUUUAUUAAUUUGUUGAAAAAAAAUAUUUCUAAUAUUUUAUUCCACAUUGUAAUUACUUUGUACAUCUGAUAAAUUUUGGAAGAUUACAACCCUUCAGGGAAUGUUGGCAGGAGAUGGUUGAGGCUAUUCUUGAAUCUUCUGUCCAACAGCAACAACUAGUAUUUUUUUUAAUCAUGUAUAUACACAGUACAGAUUUAACUGUCAGAUUUGAAGAUGUUACUGUGAUCAUAAAUUUUUUAUUAUGUCCAAUUAUUUAUAAUUGUUUCGUCUUAGAUAUAUAAUAAAUCUUGUUUUAAAAA